GUCAAUUUACAUACUAAGCCCCGCCCGCCGUGGCGAGCAUGUUCGUGCAUCCACACGGGAUCAUCCGCGGAAAAGGAAGAUAAUCACAGGCUGUCAGAAAAGUUUUCCUGCCGGGAAAGCAUCGGGCUCGAUCGGGCAGAGGACCGCCGGAGGAUCGCGCUCUAAGGAUUGUUAAUUAUCACAAUAAACUGUAUUCAUCAUGGACGCGCUUAAAUCCGCCGGGCGCGCGAUCAUUCGCAGUCCCAGUCUGGCUAAACAGUCGUGGACCUCUGGAAAACAUAAAAAGCUGCCAGAGAACUGGACAGACACGCGGGAGACGCUGCUGGAGGGGAUGGUCUUCCAGCUGAAGUAUCUGGGCGUGACGCUGGUGGAGGAACCCAAAGGAGAAGAGCUCUCAGCCGCUGCUGUCAAGAGAAUCGUUGCCACAGCUAAAGCUGGUGGGAAGAAGCUUCAGAAGGUGACGCUGAAGGUUUCUCCUCGAGGGAUUAUUCUCUAUGACAGUGUAUCAAACCAGCUAAUAGAGAAUGUGUCCAUAUACAGGAUAUCAUACUGCACGGCUGAUAAGAUGCAUGAUAAAGUGUUCGCCUACAUCGCUCAGAGUCAGCGCAACGAAACGCUGGAGUGUCACGCGUACCUCUGCACAAAGAGGAAAGUGGCUCAGGCGGUGACGUUAACCGUGGCUCAGGCUUUCCGUGUGGCGUUUGAGUUUUGGCAGGCUGCUAAAGAAGAGAAAGAGAAGCAGGUGAAGUGUGGAUCUGAUGGAGAGGCGGCCAGCAGCUCUCAGUCGGAGAGUUCAGUCAGUCUGGGCAGCACCAAAGGAGGAGAGGUGGCCACUGGGGAUCUACUGGACCUUGAAAUUGGAGUAAAGGAUCACUCAGGAAAAGACGCCACACACCCGGCACAGAACCUCAGCACAGAGAACAACAACACUGUCUGGGAACUUGAGGAUGGUCUAGAUGAGGCUUUCUCAAGGUCAUGCUAUAACUUCAGCGCAGAUGUGGAGUAUAGGCCACGACUAUUCCUGGCGCUCCAUUAUAUGACCACAGCGGUAUUUGUGAUGGACAGAUUCGGCUCUGAGAAUAAGCUCUAUGGCUUUUACUGGUUGAUGUCUGAAUGCUGCCAAAGUGCUGCUCCUGAAAACUUAAAUGCCACAUUUAAAGGCUGGAGUUUCAGAAAUUUAAGGGUAGAAAUGAACAACAGUACUUUGCUGAGAUUAUUUGCCAGAUGCUGUAUCAAUCUUUGUUUCUGGACACUUGACCUUGAUGUAAGAUAAUACAGAAUGAGAUACCAUAUACACCCUCUGUCAUUAAAGGUUGCAUCAAACUGAAGACUGUAAUGCAGUCCAAUUUAAAAAAAAAAUUAUUUACCAAUGUUUAUUUAUAGACAUCUAACAUUGCCUGGGAUAAUACAGAAUGAGAUACUAUUUUGCACCUUCUGCCCAAUUCGGGGAGGCCUUCCUCAGCUGUAUUAAAAGCUUCAUCAAAUUUAACAAUUAACAAUGAAAGACAGUCUAAGACUGUAAUGAAAUCUGAACUUUGAACAUUUUUACUGUAUUUGUCUUUUUUUCAUGGACCUUUAAACUUUACAUAUGGCACAGUACAGAAUGUGCCAUCAUACUGCAAGCUAAUUUGUAUCAGGGUUUCUCUGCCGCUUUCAAGACUGCAUUAGAUCUCACAAUGUUGUGUGGUUAAAUAUCCCAAGGCUCAAACUAAUUCCAAAGUUAGACAAUUU